AUGGUCCCAUUCGCUCUCGGACGGCGCGGCCGGCCCUUGAUGGCCCUGGCCCUGGCCCUCGGCGUGCUUGUGGCCUCCAGCGGAAUCGUGACCGUCUCGGCGGAGGUGGCAACAUCCCAGGUGGCGGCUGGGUCGGCGACCGUGUCGAACGUGGCACGGCUGCCGCCGCUGGGCUCGCUCGAGCUCAACGAGAAGUUGCGGGCCGAAUGCGGGGUGGUGCGGGCGCUGGGCGAGCAGAAGCGGCAGCUGCUGCUGCAGGGUGGCGACGAGGAUGGCGAGGAGACGUCGUCGACCAAGUCGCGCCUCUUCUCGUUGUUGUUUCCGGGCAGUCCGGCUGUGAACGCACUUCUGGCGACGCUCUACAUCUCGGGACCGCCCAACUUUCUGCUGGCGCUCUGUCCGACCGACAUCGACCCAAGCUCGCUCUCGGUCAUGGUGGCCUUUGCUGUUGGCGGCCUUCUCGGCGACACGCUCUUCCACCUGCUGCCCGAGAUCUUUGUGGGCGAGGACGACGAGCGGGCUGAUCGCGCUCGGCUCGUGCUGGUCGAGCCCAACCGCAACCUGCUCCUUGGCGUCGCCAUCAUGGUCGGCUUCAUGACCUUUGUCGCCAUGGACAAGGGCCUGCGCAUCGCCACUGGCGGCGGCGGUGGUCACGAGCACGGCCACAGCCACAGUCACAAUGUCCCAGCCUCGGCCGUGACCUCGUCGGCCGACACGACGUCUGCAUCGGUCACGUCCCGCAAGAAGAGCUCCGGCAAGAAGGACGACAAGGCUGCUGUCGUCGCUGUCGAGUCGACGCAUGAAGCCAGCGCCAGCAUCAAGCUUUCCGGCUACCUGAACAUGGUCGCCGACUUUACACACAACAUCACCGACGGUCUGGCCAUGUCGGCCUCCUUCUAUGCGUCGCCGACGAUCGGUGCAACCACUACGGUGGCCGUGUUCUUCCAUGAGAUCCCCCACGAGGUCGGCGAUUUUGCCCUGCUGGUGCAGUCUGGCUUCUCGAAGCGAGCAGCCCUGGGCGCCCAGUUCAUCACGGCUCUCGGCGCGCUGCUGGGCACGGUCAUCGGUAUCCUAGUGCAGGAGCUUGGCGGCAGCACCAGCGGCAGCACCAUGACAAACUCGGCCGCUGCUCCCUGGUCGGCCAGCGCUGGCCGAGGCGGCCUCAUGGGCACCAGUCUGACGUGGGGGGACCUGCUGCUGCCUUUCACGGCGGGCACGUUUCUCUACGUCGGCACGGUGGCCGUCAUCCCGGAGCUGCUCGAGACGGACCUGGAGAAGAAGGGCAGCAGCAAGCUGGGCGAGCUGCGCAAGACGCUGGUGCAGUUUGGCGCCAUUGCUGCCGGCGCUGGCAUCAUGCUCUACAUUUCGUGGCAGUAG